UUAUUAGGGAUGCAAAAUAACAUGAUCUUUUAAAAGACAACCACUGCCGUUUUGAGAUGUGAUGGUUCAAUGUUUUUUGCUACACGAUGUUUAUUCGCAACCUCAACAGUCGUCACGCCAACGAAGACAACAAAUAUUGACUGAAGGAAUAGAGGAAGAUGACUUAUUUGAUUUUUCAGACAAUGAUGGUGAUGACAUACCUCAACAUAAUGUUCCUCAAACCCAAGAAAAUGAAGAAAUAUAUCGUGUUAACCUCAGUGCCGAUACACUUCCUUCACACGAAUAUACUCACGAUUCAACUCGGCUUCCUUCUCGAAGAGGUGAGGAACAUACAAGACGUGGAGGUCGUUCAGAAAGAACUGGAGGACGUGGGAGCACUUCUCAAACGUCUGCUAGAAACUCAGGAACUAAUGUUGGAAGUACUUCAAGAGGUCAUCGAAGAAGACAAUCAUUCAAGACUACGAUACAAGACACCAUUAAUGGAUAUUAAGAAUUUCAAUGACAAAGUCUACAACAGCUAUGCCCAGGUGCUUUUGACAAGGAUGAUUACGAUGAAUUCAAAAAAGCAGAACAAAUAUUUAUUGCUUUGGAACUUCCCAAAUUCACUAAAUUUUACUGGGCUUGCAUUAACGCACUUAAAGAACUGGUUUUUUGGCGAAAGUAUUUCAUUGAUAUAGCUCGAAGCAAUGACGAAGAUAAAUUGCAACUACUAGAAGCUAUGACUGGUGUAUCACAAAAUAAUGAAGAUGUGCCAAAACAAUUGGGCUCUGGACAGUUAUUUGAGAGUCCACAUUCUGGAGGUUUAUCAUCUGGCAGUCCAUCUUCAGUGGGUAAUUGUUCAAGAGGAAACAAUUUUCAAAACUUGGGUGCACCACCGACUACACAACAAUGGGGUACACCUCCAAAUGUGCAACACUGGAGAACACCACCAAAUAUGCAACACUGGGGAACACCACCAAAUGUUCAAUAUUGGGGAACAUCACCAAACGCUCAACCAUGGGGUGUACCUCCAAAUGGUCCAAGUUGGAACACACCUCCAAAUGCUCAACAAUGGAGUACGCCACCAUAUCCUCAACAAUGGAACAUUCCACAUAAUUUUCAUCAUGGUCAGCAACCAUCAAAUGUUCAGCAAGCCGGCUCUUCUGGAACAACACCAACAAAUGUUCACUACGGAUUUACAGUUGGAAAUCAAGGUGGAAGUCCACUGAAUACUCAACGAAAUUAUUCGGAAGGUGCAAGUAUAGAUUCUUCACCAAAGGUCCACCAAUCACCAUGAACUAGUAUCGGUUUCACUAAUUAUUUUGAACCAGGAAGCACAUCACAAAGACCGAGACGUGGAGGUCUAUUCAAUAUUUGGAGAACUACAGAAGAACCUAAUGAAGAGAAUCAAAGUGGUUCAGGAGACAAAGAGUAGCGAUCUGAUUGUCAUGUUUAUAUAUUAUGAUAUAAUGUUAUUAUUUUUAUUGUGUGUUAUA